CUGAAUACUUACUUCCAUCUUGCCCACAACAUUCCUUAUCAAUGGCCGGCGCGCUGCAGAAUGCGAAGAGAGACCUUGUCAAAAUUCAGGAUGAGGAUAGGGAGAGCAGGUUCGGCCAGGUCUUUGGCGUUUCAGGGCCUGUCGUGAUCGCCGAAAAUAUGGUCGGUGCAGCUAUGUAUGAGCUCGUGCGAGUAGGCCAUGACGAGCUUGUUGGAGAGGUCAUUCGUAUCGAAGCCGACAAGGCAACAAUUCAGGUCUACGAGGAGACUUCUGGUGUAACUGUUGGGGAUCCUGUCUUGAGGACCGGAAAACCAUUGAGUGUUGAGCUUGGACCUGGUCUCAUGGGUAAUAUCGUGGACGGUAUCCAGCGGCCCCUGCGAGCUAUUCAACAACUUUCAGAGUCUAUCUAUAUUCCCCGCGGCAUCAACACAGAUGCGUUGGAUCGGUCACUGCUAUGGGACUUCAAACCCACCGCAUUUAAGGUUGGUGACCAUAUAUCAGGUGGUGAUAUUUUUGGUGGUGUUUACGAAAAUUCCCUCGUCGACAAUCAUAAAAUCAUGCUACCUCCUCGCGCUCUCGGUACCAUCACUCACAUUGCUGAGAAAGGCAGUUAUGCUGUUGAUGACAUUGUUCUGGAAACAGAGUUCGACGGCAAGACAACAAAACAUACCUUGAUGCAACUGUGGCCUGUUCGUGCACCCCGUCCCGUCACCGAAAAGCAGACCGCCGACCACCCGCUACUUACUGGCCAACGUAUUCUUGACGCGCUCUUCCCUUGCGUGCAAGGCGGUACAACUGCCAUUCCUGGUGCUUUCGGUUGUGGCAAAACAGUUAUUUCGCAAGCGCUCUCCAAAUAUUCAAACAGCGAUAUCAUUGUUUAUGUUGGAUGUGGAGAGCGUGGAAAUGAGAUGGCUGAAGUCUUGAUGGAGUUCCCCGAGCUCACAAUGGAGGUUGGUGAUCGUCAGGAACCUAUUAUGAAGCGCACGACGCUGGUUGCAAACACCUCAAAUAUGCCUGUCGCUGCUCGCGAAGCUUCCAUCUACACUGGAAUCACACUUUCUGAAUAUUUCCGUGACCAAGGAACCAAUGUCGCCAUGAUGGCUGACUCGACAUCUCGUUGGGCAGAGGCACUCCGUGAAAUAUCUGGUCGUUUGGCUGAGAUGCCUGCCGAUUCCGGUUAUCCGGCAUAUCUCGGAACGAAACUUGCCAGUUUCUAUGAGCGCGCUGGAAAGGUGGUUUGUCUCGGCAACCCUCAUCGACAAGGCACUGUUUCAAUAGUCGGAGCUGUGUCACCUCCCGGUGGUGAUUUCUCUGAUCCCGUAACGGCAUCUACUCUUAGUAUCGUCCAAGUAUUCUGGGGUCUUGACAAGAAGCUUGCUCAGAGAAAACAUUUCCCGUCCGUUAAUUGGUCCCUUUCUUAUUCAAAAUACACGAAGGUCUUGGAGCCUUACUACGAGACGACGGAACCUGGUUUCGUCGAGCUACGGACGAAGACAAAGGAGAUUCUCCAAAAAGAAGAAGAUCUUGCUGAAAUCGUUCAGUUGGUCGGGAAGAGUGCUUUGGGGGAGAAUGAGAAGAUCACACUAGAAGUUGCGCGGAUGUUGAAGGACGAUUUUCUGCAGCAAAAUGGUAUGAGCGAGUACGACAGAUACUGCCCCUUCUACAAGACCAGCGGAAUGCUUCGAAACUUUGUUGCAUUCCACGAUGCGGCCCUCAAAGCUACCGCCCAAACUGACAUGACCUUCGCCAAAAUCAAAGACUCAGCUAGCGAUCUCAUGUUCAAACUGUCUCAAAUGAAAUUUGAGUCGCCAUCGCAGGGAAAGGAGGAUGUGAAGUCGAAACUAGAUGCACUGUAUACCGAAAUUCAGGACAAGUUCCGGCAGCUGGCAGAGUGAUAUUUUGUCGUUUCACGUACAAUGGACGCGUAUUACCUUCCUGGAUUCCUUGUAGUCUAAUGAUAAUAUAUGAGUUUGUUUUCUAGUAAGUAA